AUGGCCGAGUCUGCUGCUGGGUAUUCGAGUAAUUAUGGGGCGUACGCGUCCCAAAGCAGUCAGGAGCACUUGGGAGGAGCUUACGAAAGAGAUGUGGACGACAUUUGGACGUCGGAGGACAUCCAUCCUAUUGAGGAAAGUGUUUUGGAAGAAAAACUUGAGCCUGCGCUCGCUCCUCCCCCUCAAAUACGCGAAUACAGCCCCUACCGUGACGAGGCCCACGACAGCUCCUUGGGCAGUUUUGCUUCCCCUACACCUAUUCACACUGCUACGCUACUUUGGGAUCCUGCCGUUAAGGAAGCCGACGAUAUUCUGCACAAUGAAGACUUCAACGACAAGCGUGAUUUGGAUAUCUUUACUUUGAGAGGUUUUGUCAACAUCAUAACAUUGGUUCUCUUGGCUUUAGGACUGCUAAUGCUGUUUAUCGGUUACCCUAUUUUGUCCGCCGUGAAUGUGCAGAAACAACGGAAGAGCUAA